CGCCCACGAUCACUGUCGACCGCCGGCCUCACGUCGUUCAUUUUCGCAUCGGCGGGACGGUCGCUCGAAUUUGAAACGUUCUUCCAGUACGACGAUCAAUUUGGAAAAUUCUCGCGACGCGUUUCUGCAAACGCUCUCUCUGUGUUGUUGUCGCGAUCAACGAGUUGCCUCUGGCCCGUUCUACACCAGCGCGGUGGUUCGUAGGAAUGUAACAGCGAGUACCGGCGGAGCUGGUGGUGUUUGAGACUUCCUGAAGACGGUCACCCGACUGGAGCGUUAUUAAACGGGAAUACGACGAUCAAGGUUUCGCAACUGGGCAUGUUGCUGGCAAACGUGGAGAGGGCUUGUCUUUUACUAACGGCGAUCCACGUUUUACUCGAUAAGGGCGCCGUCGCGGAGACCUUCACACUUGGGUACAUCACCGGUUCGAAAAGACGUCCAGGGGACUUGGAGUAUCAGCGUCCUGGUUCCCGGAUAUCCGGCGCUAUAUCUCUCGCCGUGGAGGAGGUCAACGCGGGUGAACUCGGUCGCCGCGGACACAAGCUCGAUUUUCUCGUCGCGGAAACUUAUGGAGAGGAGGAGACCAGCAUUCUGAUGACCGCCGACCUGUGGACGAAGAAUAUCAGCGGUUACAUCGGCCCCCAGGAAACGUGCAUCCACGAGGGAAGAAUGGCGGCGGCGUUCAACCUCCCAAUGAUAUCUUACUUCUGCACGCAUCACGAGCCCUCCGACAAGAAGGAGUUCCCAACGUUCGCGAGAACCAGACCGCCGGAUACGCAGAUCUCGAAGUCGGUCGUUUCCGUGCUGAUGGCCUUCAACUGGACCAAAGUGACGUUCCUGUACAUGAACUCGACAUUGUUCGAGUUCAACAAGAUGUCGACGAUCGCGAAAACUAUCCUAUCGUCGUUCGAGACGGCAGGCGUGACCGUCAACUACCUUCGUUGCUGGCAAGAGCCUUAUUACGUCACCUACAUGACCAAUCCUUUCCACGAGCUCGUCAGAGAGACGUACCUGGAGACCAGAAUUUACGUGAUUCUAGGGAAUUAUUAUGAGCACAUGGGUCUCUUGAUGGCUCUGGACGAAAGGAAGCUGUUGGAAAAAGGGGACUACUGGGUGGUCGGCGUCGAUAUCGAGCAGUACGACGAAAAACAACCGGACAAAUAUUUUUGGGAUUUAUGGCAGAGGAAGACGAACUCGUCCAUCCUGAAGGCGUAUCGCAGCUACUUUAGCGUGGUCGCGUCCGCGCAGAUAUACUCGACGAACUUCACGCGACUGGUGAACGAGUACAGACAGAAGCCACCCUUCAACUUCACUAAUCCGCUCCCGAACAUCAGUGACGUCGUUCAGAUCGUGCCAGAGACGGCGUAUCUUUACGACGCGGUGCACCUGUACGAAAGAGCGUUGCUCAAAGCUCUGGACGAGGGUCGAAAUCCGCGAAACGGCAAGGAGAUGGUGGCGACUCUUUACGGGUUUCACUAUCGCAGCGCCAUGGGGUACAUGGUUUACAUGGACGAAAACGGGGAUGCGGAAGGUAAUUACACUCUGAUCGCGUUGGACAAUCGACCGCCGAAGGGACACGGUUUAUAUCCAAUAGCGUACUUCGUGGGGAAAGAGAACGGCACGAAUCUGCCAAAACUCCGAUUGAUGAGAGAAAUUUCUUGGAUCGGAGACGGACCGCCGAUCGCCGAGCCUCAUUGCGGAUACCACGGCGAAAAAUGCAACUCUCACACGGGAGAGAUCGUCGGCGGAAUAGCGGGCGGAUUUCUGCUGAUCAUCGCGGCGGUGUUCCUGGUGCUCUACAGAAACUGGAGAUACGAGCUGGAACUGGACUCCCUGCUCUGGAAGAUGAACUACAAAGACAUUCAGAUCAAAGAGCAGAAGGACGAGUUGGUGGGAGUCAACGAGGCGCCUACCAAAUGCAAUUCCAAGGCAACGACGCAACCCAUCGUGCGGACCAGCCAAGUCUCCCUGAGCUCGAACCCCGACGCCGACUUUCGAUAUUCCAUGAUUUACACGCAAAUAGGCGUCUAUAAGGGGCGGAUAUUCGCCGUGAAGAAGGUCCGGAAGAAAUCGAUCGAGAUCACGCGCGAAAUGAAGAAAGAGCUGAAAGUGAUGCGUGACUUACGACACGACAAUUUGAACGCGUUCAUCGGCGCGUGUACAGAUCCGCCGAACAUAUGCAUCGUCGUCGAGUACUGUGCGCGCGGCAGUCUCAAGGACAUCUUGGAAAACGAGGACAUGAAGCUGGAUAACAUGUUCAUGGCGUCCCUGGUCGGCGACAUCAUCAGAGGUAUGAUCUAUCUCCACGAGUCCGUCAUAAAAUAUCACGGCUCGCUGAGUACAUCGAACUGUCUGGUGGACUCCCGUUGGGUCGUAAAACUGGCGGAUUUUGGAUUGCACGAGUUCAAAAAGGACGCAGAAUGCGAGCCAUGCGACGUCAUGAAGAGAUAUCACGGUUUAUUGUAUCGUGCUCCCGAGCUGUUACGAUCAACGGGAACCUUAGAGCCAACUGCUCGAGAUUACCAAAGAGGAGACGUUUAUUCCUUCGGUAUCGUCCUGUACGAGCUCCAAGGACGACACGGCCCAUUUGGGAUCACGGAAUUGUCCGACUCGCAGAUACUGAAGAAAGUAAUCGCGAGGGAGCCAGAGGUGAAGCCGUUCAGACCGCCGUUGGAUCAGCUGGAGAACUGUUUCCAUUUCGUGCACGACUGCCUGAGAGAGUGCUGGGCCGAGGACCCCGAGAUCCGUCCGGAUUUUAAGAUUAUAAGGAACAAACUCAGGCCGUUGAGGAAGGGCAUGAAGCCAAACAUAUUCGACAAUAUGAUGGCCAUGAUGGAGAAGUAUGCCAAUAAUCUGGAAGCCCUGGUGGACGAACGAACAGACCAAUUGACAGAGGAGAAGAAGAAAACAGACGCUUUACUAUACGAAAUGCUGCCUCGUUACGUCGCCGAGCAAUUAAAACGUGGCUACAAAGUGGAGGCCGAAAGCUUCGACUGCGUUACCAUUUAUUUCAGCGACAUCGUUGGAUUCACCACCAUGUCUGCCGAAAGCACACCUCUGCAGGUGGUAGACUUCCUAAACGACCUGUACACCUGCUUCGACUCGACGAUAGAAAAUUACGACGUAUACAAAGUAGAAACAAUCGGCGACGCUUAUAUGGUGGUAAGCGGGCUGCCGAUACGGAACGGCAUUCAGCACGCGGGAGAAAUUGCCAGCAUGUCCUUGUGUCUCCUAGACGCCGUUAAGCAAUUCACCAUUCGGCAUAGGCCCCUCGACAAGCUGCAGCUGCGAAUUGGUAUACAUUCCGGUCCCGUGUGUGCCGGCGUCGUGGGCCUGAAAAUGCCUCGUUACUGUCUGUUCGGCGACACGGUGAACACCGCCAGUCGAAUGGAAUCCACAGGAUCGCCGCUAAAAAUCCACUGCAGCGCCGAGACGAAGGAGCUGCUGGACCAGCUGAACGGAUUCAGUGUGGUGGAAAGAGGGCUGGUCUCCAUGAAAGGAAAAGGCGAACGUCUGACCUACUGGUUGAUCGGCGAGGAUCCGAUUUUAAGGGAGGAAAGGAACACGCAACGGGAGAACCGACGCAACGGUUGCUCUAAAAGGAAAAGCACCACGAACAACCCUCUGAUACCGCGAAGUUCCCUGAAGAACAAAUCCCUGGUGAGGUCCACCUUCAUGAGGUGCUCUAGCGAGUCGCCGAAGCGACUUCGUUUCGCCAGCUCCGAUCAGCUGGACCAGAAUUGCUCGAGAACCAACAGCCAAUUGGAGGCCAUAGCCGACACCAGCCCGUGCAAACCUAAGCUGUCUUGCGCGACGAGGUUCUCGUGCACGGACAGCUGGAAGUCCUCCAGUAACUCAUGUCCCUGCGUUGAGAAGCUGUGCGAUCAGGAGACGCGAAUCGACGCGAAAGACUUGGCGCUACAGAGACUGCGAUCCGAGGCGAAGAACGCGCGCAACAACUGGACGAUCGGAAACGAGGGCUACUUCCCGCUAGCUGGUUCCAAGAACUUCCGCCUCGGAUCGGCUGGGUUCGCUCAGACGACAUGCAGGUCUGCUCCGAGCAGCCCCAGGCACAGCACUCUUCUCUUAAACUGCCAGAAAAGGACGGCGCAGUCCAACGAGGAGUUCGACGGAUGGGACGCCACCGCGCCGCUGAUUUAUUAUCCAGGAGGACGAUUGGAUUAGGAUUAUUUCCUGAUUAUCCGUCAGAAACGAGAUCUCUAUCUCGAUUCCAGACGAUGGCUUCCCGGCCGACUACGAAUUUAUUCGAUCGAAGCCCUUCGUGUAGGAAACUGAUGCAGUGCGGUCAGAGGAACGAGCAAUUGGUACUUAGCGCAAACGAUUACGGUAGUUUACGCGAUAAACGGAAGUGGGACGAAUCUGCGAACGCUUUGUUGACAAUACGAUGCUUCUUUACCGACCGACGAUCUUGUAAGAGAACCGCUCGGAAGGGUAGAAUGUCUCGAUACGAAUGUUAUUAGAUGCAACGUUCCCUAUUGUUAUUCGACGACUCCAAACAAAGUAGGUCAAGUUUCUAUACGGCACGAUCGAAAUAAUGCCGUGCGUUUUAUUUCUACGAUCCAAUCGACUCGACAAUCACGUUUCGUUACGGCAUCGGAUCUACGUCCCACCGAACAAUUACACAACAGCAGUUGGUCAAUUAACGAACGAAUAACUAAUAGGUGGCCGGCGUCGUGUAUCCAUCGAUAUGAUUUCUCCCUCACCCGCAGUACACGAUGUACCAAAGAAGACCGUACGUACAAAACGAAGAUACCUAACACAUGUAUUUAUACAUUAUUUAUAGCAUAUGUAACUCGUACGCGGCAAUCAGCGCGCUGUAACGGUAGAUUCCACGCAUUAGCUUAGACAAUCAACAAGGCUCGUGCUUUUU